CUUAACAUUCCUUCAUAAUGGCCUACCAUAUUUAUAUAAAUAUGAAGCUCUAAAGGCAAUAACAUAAUCCAUAAAUACUCAAGUUGGAUGAUUUUGAUCGAAAAUGGUGCUAAUGAUGUAUCAAAAAAUGACCAAGAAACUUGUGGGAGUAUCAAAACUGAGAUUUCAUUAACUAAACUGCUACGGAGACAGAAUAGCUUACAGACAACAGGAGAAUCCAUAUCCCCUCUAAUGAAUCACAUCCUCAUGUUGCUCAAAUUUUAUGCUAAAGGUCUACACUCUGAGGAUUGCGCCUUAUGCGAGGAAUUUGAUGUGGUUCGUGAGCAAUGGGCUAAGUUUUUUACCGACAAGUAUUUAUUAUUGGCUUUAGCGCGCUUGAUCGAAUUGGUUUAGUUGUUAUAGAAUAAAUUUUAUAUUAAAAUGUAUGUUUAUGUUGAAAUUGGAACAUAUGUUUAAAUGUAAUAUGUGCACUUUGGUUUUGGGAUAUAUAGUAUACAAAACUCCAGUUGUUGUUUUUAUAUUUG